CGAGAGAGCGAAGCUUUGCGAAGAGAACCGGGGUUGAUUCCAGGAUAGAAGGGCGGGCGAGGGGGUUGGGGGAGAGGCCUCUAUUAUUUCCGCGGUCUGGCAGGCCUGGAAGCAAAGCUUCAAGUGCAGGAGGAGGAGUGUCGGGGAAUGGCAGAAAAGGCUGGAACAGCAAUGCAGACCUAGGGACUGGCUUGUACACACCCCUCCCAGGAGACCCCUUGGCAGCUGCACACUCAGGCUCCAUCCAAGUUGGCUCUGCCCCUGGGGAAGGCCGCUCAAAAGGCCUGGCUCCCAGUCUCUGGGGACCCACAGCGAGCCUCUCACCUCGCAGCUCAGCUCCAUCCGCCUCCUGUGCCUGGCUGCGACCAGCUGGGUCUAACUAUAGACAGUCAGCAACUUCAGCCACUUCACUGAGUUUCCCAACAGCUUUGAGAUUUGGAAGCCGGAAGCCUGACUGCCUUCUCAGAAGCUAUGGUCCACUACCUCAGCCAUUCUGUUGGAGCUGAACUGGCAGAUGAAGGUGAGACCCAGGCACCAUGGACCUCCUGGUCUCCUCAGGAAUGAAGGGCAUCGCUGUCUUCCUUGUCUUUCUCUUCUGCUGGACGACCUCCACCCUCAGCAGCUUCUGGCAGUUCCAGAGGAUGGUCAAACACAUCACGGGGCGCAGCGCCUUCUUCUCCUAUUACGGAUAUGGCUGCUACUGUGGGCUUGGGGGCCGAGGGAUCCCUGUGGACGCCACAGACAGGUGCUGCUGGGCUCAUGACUGUUGCUACCACAAGCUUAAGGAAUAUGGCUGCCAGCCCAUCUUGAAUGCCUACCAGUUUGCCAUUGUCAACGGGACCGUGACCUGUGGAUGCACCAUGGGUGGCGGCUGCUUGUGCGGGCAGAAAGCCUGUGAGUGUGACAAACUGUCUGUGUACUGCUUCAAGGAGAACCUGGCCACCUACGAGAAAACUUUCAAGCAGCUCUUCCCCACCAGGCCCCAGUGUGGCAGGGACAAACUCCAUUGCUAGGCAGGCCACCAUCCGUCUGUCACCUGCUCUAGUCUGAGGCCUUUCUGAAAAAAACUGUCUUCCCUUCCCCUCCAAGAGUCCCCAGACUCCUGCAGCUCAGCCUUGCUGUCUGGGGAGUGUCUUCUCAGGCAUUAGGGGACUGGAGGUGGAGAAUUCCUGCCCUGGAAUCAGACCAUGGGUACCUGGCAAUUAAGUGAUACAUUCCGGCAGCAGGAAGCAAGGACACAAGGGAGCAGGGGUGGGGGGACAUCCUGCAAUCCCAGCAUUUGAGAGGUGGAGGCAAGAGGUGGGGGGUAGCCUCCACUAUACGGUAAGUUCAAGGCUAGCCUGAGCUACCUGAGACCUUGCCUUGAAAAAACUUUUUUAAAAACGUUUAAAGGAAAAGAAAACAGAAAGACACGGGGACUGGGCUGAAAGGUACUCUCAAACCGAUUUCCCAGGAAGAGCGGAGAGCCCCAGGAUCCAGCCUGAACUCCCCCAUACCCUCAGUCCUGGUCAGGAUGUGUGUCUGACUGGGGAACCAAGUCCUCUACCCGGGUGGAGCUUAGCUGGGAACUACACAGGUGUCCUAGAAAAUACAGUCCUAAGAGCCUCACCCGGAGUCUCCUCCCCAUUUGCUCCAGGACUGACCUCUGUAAGUCCUCCAGCAGGAAGCAGGCUGUACCCAUCUCAGGAGGUGGGGUGCUGUUAGAACAAUGGUGUGCACCGUGACAAAAGGUGUCAUGGUUAAGAUGGCAUCAAGAAGUGGAAAGAGGACAUUCGGAACAGUGGGUCCAAGGCACCCAAAGUCCUCACCCCAAUUUAGAAGCCGUUGGUCCUGUAAGACUUAAAUCUACUAAACAAGGAAGGUCUAACUGGGCUGGAAUCUGAAGUUCAUGGUGCCAGGCUGGGGCGGUGGGUGGGGGACGUGGCCGUGGCCACGGCCAUGAUUGCCUCUCUGCAUGGUGACACUUGCCUUUUGCACCCUAGCUCUCAGCACAUCUGAAAAGGACAGACUCUCCUGUUCAUUCCUUGAAUCUGAGACUCUGCUCACUAAUGUAGCAAAAACGGAGGUCUAAAGUGCAGGCUUCAGCCUCUGAGGUCCAGGGCAGGAGGAAGCUGGGGCUCAGCCUCCUGGAGGAUGAGAGUUUGCUGGGUGAGCAUCAGCGACAGCAGACCCCUGGGCUCAGAGAGUCCGCAAGCAUGGGAGAGCCUGGCCGAGCCCUGACUGCAGCACACAGAACCGUGAGCCUCAUACGAGAAGCCACGUUUUGGGGAAGCUUCAGGGUGGCUGAUUCCACAGCUGUUGGGUUCAGAACGGAAGCCGGGAGCACUCACUUCAGAUAUGGAAGCUUUGUUUUACGAGCGCUUAGCACCAGUUCAGGAUCUGAACUUCGUCCUGAAGGGAGAGCGUACCACCUUUUUAUAGGAUGGGAACACAGAGCGAAGGGCGUGGAGUAAGCUGUUGAACGACCGAUCAUAUUUUGACCUAAGAGGUUAAGUGAGGACGUUAACAUGGGUGACUGGGCAUUAGUCGGGUCACCUGGUUUCGGGGUCUUUGAGUCAGCUUUCGUGGCCAGGUCCCUUCCUGGACUUUGGCUCGGAAUUUAGAACGAUAAGGGAACUAAGAGGUGGGCAAGCUUCGGGCAGUCAGUAAGAGAGGCAGCACAUUCAUGACCUGUGUGCCUUGUUUAGAUGAUGGGAUAGAGCAUAUCCUCUCUUACACCCCUUACUGGUUAACAGACAAACACGAGACAUCUGAAGAAGCAGGGCAGGAGUUAGG